CUUCAUGCUCAAAUCAACUCUCUCUCUCUCUCUCUCUCUCUCUCUCUCUCUCUCUGUAUCUCCCAAGACCAGCCUCUCUCCUUUUCUCUAUCGCUCUCGGAAGACCAGCCAGUCUAAUUUCAAGGCAGAAAAAAAAGUCCAAGAUUAUAUGUCGAUAUUAAACAAAGAAAAGCUUUGCUCAGGAAUGAACAAGAAGGAGAAAUGUAUUAUCAUGGACAACUCAAUACAAGAGAGUCUUCUUGUACCGGAAGAACUGAGCAAUGUUGAUCUGAAGACAAGAAUUUGGACGGAAUCUAAGAUGAUAUGGAAGAUUGCAUUUCCUGCCAUGGUGGCUAGAGUAACUUCAUUUGGAAUGAUUGUGGUGACCCAAGCAUUUCUAGGACACAUUGGCAAGUUAGAGCUUGCUGCAUACGCUCUCCUACAAAGUUUCAUAGUGCGAUUUAUAAAUGGCAUAUUGAUUGGCAUGUCUAGUGCAACCGAAACUUUGUGUGGACAAGCAUUUGGAGCAAGACACGACCACAUGAUGGGAAUUUACUUGCAACGAUCAUGGAUUGUUGAUGGUGUAUCUGCAACAAUCUUGCUCCCUCUCGUCACUUUCGCAGCUCCUCUUUUCAGACUACUUGGCCAAGAGGAGGAUGUAGCAAUAGCAGCGGGAAACAUGUCUCCAUGGUUCAUUCCCUACGUCUAUUAUCUUGUGUUUAGCUUGACCAUUCAAAUGUACUUACAAGCUCAACUAAAAAACAAAGUUGUCGGAUGGUUUUCGGCUAUUUCCUUUGUUCUUCAUAUCCUUCUGUCCUGGAUAUUUGUGAAUAAACUUGAGUUAGGAACUGCUGGGGCCAUGGGUGCAUUGACCAUAUCUACUUGGUCUUUGGUUAUUGGAUUGUUAGUGUACAUCUUCGGAGGCUGGUGUCCAAAUACGUGGAAGGGAUUUACAAAAGCUGCCUUUGCUGAUAUCCUGCCUGUAGUAAGGCUCUCCAUAUCAUCCGGUUUCAUGAUUUGCUUAGAAAUAUGGUACAAUUCAAUUAUAAUCUUAGCAGCUGGAUACGUGAAGAAUGCAACCACAGCCAUAUCUGCUUUCUCACUUUGCCAGAACAUCCUUACAUGGGAAUUCAUGCUUAGCUUUGGCUUUCUUGGCGCUGCAUGCGUGAGGGUAGCAAAUGAGUUGGGGAGGGGAAACCCUAAAGCUGCAAAAUUUUCUGUCGAGAUUAUCCUCAGUACAUCCAUAAUUAUUGGAGUUCUGAUUUGGGUUCUGUGUUUAAUCUUUGGUAAAGAAAUUUCGCGCUUUCUUACAAGUGAUGAAGAAGUUGCAGAAACUGUGUCAAGCCUUGCUGUGUUGCUUGCUUUCUCCAUCUUACUUAAUAGUGUUCAACCUGUACUCACAGGUGUGGCUGUUGGAGCUGGUGUGCAAAGUGUGGUUGCAUUUGUGAACUUGGGUAGCUAUUACAUAAUUGGGCUACCUGCCGGGAUUCUACUCGGAUAUGUGGUUCAUCUGGAAGUUCAAGGUUUAUGGAUGGGAUUAUUGAGUGGAGUUGUAGUGCAAACGCUUAUACUCUCCUACAUCAUUUGGAGGACUGAUUGGGAUGAGCAGGUGAACAAGGCAUCUGAAAGUCUUAGACGCUGGUUUUUAAAAUCGGAGAAAGAUUCCAUUGAGAGCUCCGCUCCUGCAGCUUGAGACGUUUUUGUGCAGAUCUAUUGUAAACGUUGGGACACCGCAAUAAUUUGAUGGAACACUUUAAAUAGUUCCUAUUGUUGUUUCCUUCUUUACUAUAAUGAUAUUGUUUCU